GACUCUUUGUUUCCUUCUCCCGCAGCCCUAGAAGUUUUUCCCCUCUCUAUCCUCCGUAGCGAAACCCUAGCCGCCACGCCAAAACCAAAUCCCGCCGCGCCCGAAAUUUCCCGGCUCCCGGCGGGCUACUCGCCGCGAAUCGAUCGAUUUCGAGCGAUUCGCGGUCGAUUAGGCCGGCCCCGCCGCCAAUCCUUGUGAUCUCUCGGCGGGGUAGAGCGCGGUCGCCCGUCGGCCAUGUCGAGGUGCUUCCCCUACCCGCCGCCGGGGUACGUGCGAAACCCCGUGGCCGUUGCCGAGGCGGAGACGACCGCUAAGCUCCAGAAAGAAAGGGAAAAGGCCGAAAAGAAGAAAGAGAAACGGAGUGACAAGAAAGCUCUCCUGCAUGGUGAGACGUCUAAGCAUUCAAAGCACAGCCAUAAGAAGAGAAAGCAUGAAGAUGUCAGCACUGUUGGUAAGGAGACCAAAAAGGUUUCCAGUGAAUCGGUUGAGCAGUUGGAGAAGAGUGGACUCUCAGAGGAGCUUGGUGCUCCUUGUUUUAUACAAACAGUGCGUGACUCUCCUGAGAGCUCGCAGGACAGCAGCAAGAGAAGAAAGGUUGUGCUGCCCAGUCCUAGCCAAGCUAAGAAUGGUAACGUUGUGCGCAUCAAGAUUAAAAGUAAUCAAGAUUCUCAAGCAGCUGUAUUGGAGAAACCAAGGGUUCCUGAGCCACCAUUGGUCCAACAAAUGAGAUCAAGUUCCCUGUUGAGCAAGCAAAAUUCAAUCCAGCAUCACAAUAAAGUAAAUGGGAGAUCUGCAGCUGCACAGCAAAGGAUCAAUGGCGAUUCUCAAGCAGUACAAAAACGAUCAGUUACGGAACCCCCUGCAAAGGUCAUGCAGAGAGUUGUACAGCAGCCGGCAGUGAAGAUCACGCAGCCGGUUGAUCCCCAGUUAUCUGUGAAGGCAGCAGUUGGAAGAUCUGACCUCCUACCUCCGAAGUCUUCGGGAAUCGUUGACCCUUUACCUGCGAGAUCUGUGGGAAGGUCUGAUCCUCAACCGGUCAAGAUGACGCAGAGAGUUCAACAUCCACCUGCCAAGAUUUUGCAGAAAGAUCUUCAGUUGCCAUCUGAGGAUAUUCAAAGAAAAAGCUAUGCGGUUAGUACAAAGGUGGCACCGAAGGAAUUCAGGUCUCCAGCCGUUGGACUGCCAGAAGCCCCACAGCUUCCCCUUCUGCAAAAACCCAAGGACUUGUCUGUCCUUAAGCAGCAACAGGUGCCAGUCGCCUCUUUGCCCAAAGAAGAGCCUUGCACCUCUGGAAGGAAUGCAGAAUCUGCUCCAGUUCAGGAGCCGAAGCUGUCCCGGUCCGAUCGAAAGAAAAUCCGCAAGGCUGAAAAAAAAGAGAAGAAGUACAGAGAUCUGUUUGUUACCUGGAAUCCGGUUUCGGUAGAGAUGGGAUGUUCAGAUCUUGGUGAGCAAGACUGGCUGCUUGGCAGUACAAGGAACACUGAUGCCAGCAUGACCUGCAGAGCAAGUGAUUGUUCAGUACCGUUCCAAUCGAUGGAGCAGCAGCCUUCGUUGCAACCCAGGGCAACUCUUUUGCCAGACCUCCAUAUCUACCAGUUGCCAUAUGUUGUCCCAUUUUAAACGUCUGGUGAGGUAGAUGAGAAGUAGAAGAGAUUUGGGAGAGAGCUGUGUGGAUGUGGGAGAUAAUGGUUCCCUGCCGCAGUUUUCCAGCUCUGUUCCAGAGUGUUUCUUCGUUUCAGGACAGUUAUGUUAUGGCAAACUUACUGUAAUGUUGUUGAAUUCUUUUUCUCAUUUAUGUAAGCAGUUGAACUGCAAGUGACUUAUUUCUUGGCAGUUACUGUUGUAUGACACGAUGUAUCUGUUCUAUCCACAA